GUUAGUUAGGUACAUUUAUUUUAAUUACUUAUAUUAAUUAUAAUUCCGUAAUGUGCAUUUAAUAUAAUAUAUUUUAUAAUAUAAUGGCAGAGUUGAAGGCAUUACGUUUGGAAAUAAACAAUGCUUUUAAACUCAGUGGUUUUACAAUACGUAGAGAAGCAAGCGGUUAUCUUGUCGAGCAAUUAAGUGGACUAUCAAAUAGUGAGAGAUUAAAAAUGAUUGAUAAAAUAACUGCACAUCUAUUACACCAAUGCCUUUCGCAACCAGUAUUAGAAAAAGAGCAUAUAGAAGUGGCAUUUAGAGAAUGUUGUUCCUCUGGGUUAGAAGAAACUGAAACAGUUUUGAAUAUAAUCGACGCAUUUAAUGUGCCCAAAAUUUCAUACGACAAUGAACGUAAGAAAUUUAUCAAAGAUGUUACAAGUAAUAAUUUGUAUGCAGAGCCUAAAUGGAAAGCUCAGUUUUUAAUAGAUAGAUAUACGGUCAUUUGGCAGAGAACUGCAAGAAAUAAAUUGUUUGCUAAAGACUCUUUACCCUCAAUGGAAAGUGAGAAUCGAUUUCAGCUUCGUAAAGUUGAAGUUUUGCUAAGUUCUUCAAGUAAAGUGGAUGAUGUUAUUGUGCUUGGACUUCUGACACAGUUAACUGAAGGAAAAUAUUAUCUAGAAGACCCUACUGGUAGUGUACUUUUAGACAUGACACAGACAAGGUAUCAUUCUGGUCUAUUCACAGAAAAUAGUUUUGUAUUGGCUGAAGGCUAUUAUGAUGAUAAAGUUUUGCAUGUUAUGGGCCUUGUCUUACCGCCAUCUGAAAGCAGAGCAGCUUCAAUGCCAUAUUUUGGCAACUUGAACACAUUUGGAGGCAAAUCAAAGUCCCUAUUGAAAAACUCACAGAACCUACUCAAAAUCGAACAGGAAAAUGAAGACGGUAUGAUUAUAUUCUUGUCAGAUGUCUGGUUUGAUAAUUUAAAAGUUAUUUCAAAGCUGAAAGCGAUGUUUUCUGGUUUUAAUGACUUCCCGCCAAUUGCAAUAGUGUUCAUGGGAGAGUUUCUAUCUUGUCCCUAUGGCUAUGAGCAUAGUACACAACUAAAAGCGGCUUUAAUAAAUUUAGCUGAUGUGAUAUAUCCAUUCACAAAAUUAAGAGAAACAUGUAAGUUCAUAUUUGUGCCUGGCAGAAGUGAUCCAAUUGCACCAAAUAUUCUUCCUAGACCAGCAUUACCAAACUUUGUUACUAAGGAAAUUUGUGAUAAAUUAGGCGAUUCUGUUAUAUUUACGACAAAUCCAUGUAGAAUACAGUAUUGUACACAGGAAAUAGUUGUUCUAAGGCAGGAUUUAGUAACGAAGAUGUGUAGGAAUGCAAUACAUUUUCCGGAAACUGGUGAUAUACCUGACCAUUUAACAAAGACGUUGCUGAGUCAAUGUACUUUAUCACCACUAUCAUUAGGUGUACAACCUGUUUUUUGGAAACAUGCAGACGCAUUAGGCCUAUAUCCGAUGCCUGAUGUUAUUGUUGUGGGUGACAAUUUCCAGCCAUAUACAAGAGCUUACCAAAAUUGCCAAGUUGUGAAUCCUGGAUCAUUUCCUCGUACAGAAUAUUCUUUUAAAGUUUAUGUGCCUGCGUCUAGAACUGUUGAAGACUCACAAAUACCUAAUGAAGAUAGUUAAUGCCGUGAACUUAAUAUUAUCAUGUGUGUGUAAAGUUUGUAAAUUAAAAUGUUAUUGUAAAUAUAAAAUUUAAUCAAAUAAAUGUAAUUGAAUAUU